GACACUCGUCUUUCGCGGGGGCUGCUGGGUCUGGGUGUCGGAGACGCGCCGGGGUGCGCGCAAUCAUCAGGCCGCGCUUCGUUGGGCGCGCGCGCCGGAACCCAGACCCUGAGUAGAAACCGAAGACGCACGAGGGAGGGACGCGUCGAGCAUGAAGAGGCAGGGGACCUCCUCGGAGCGGAAACGGGCGCGCAUACCGUCCGGGAAGUCCGGAGCAGCAAAUGGAUUUCUCAUGGAAGUGUGUGUUGAUUCAGUAGAGUCAGCUGUAAAUGCAGAAAGAGGAGGUGCUGGUCGGAUUGAAUUAUGUUCUGGCUUACUGGAAGGAGGAACCACACCCAGCAUGGGUGUCCUUCAAGUAGUGAAGCAGUGUGUCCAGAUUCCAGUUUUUGUGAUGAUUCGGCCGCGUGGAGGUGACUUUUUAUAUUCAGAUCGUGAAGUUGAGGUGAUGAAGGCUGACAUUCGUCUUGCCAAGCUUUAUGGUGCUGAUGGUUUGGUAUUUGGAGCAUUGACUGAAGAUGGACACAUUGACAAAGAGUUGUGCAUGUCCCUUGUGGCUAUAUGCCGUCCUCUGCCAGUCACUUUCCACCGAGCCUUUGACAUGGUUCAUGAUCCAGUGGCAGCUCUAGAGACCCUCUUAACCCUGGGAUUUGAACGAGUAUUGACCAGUGGAUGUGACAGUUCGGCACUAGAAGGGCUACCCCUAAUAAAGCGACUCAUAGAUCAGGCAAAAGGCAGGAUUGUGGUAAUGCCAGGGGGUGGCAUAACAGACAGAAAUCUACAAAGGAUCCUUGAGGGUUCGGGUGCUACAGAAUUUCACUGUUCUGCUCGGUCUGCUAGAGAUUCAGGAAUGAAGUUUCGAAAUUCCUCUGUUGCCAUGGGAGCCUCUCUUUCUAGCUCAGAAUAUUCUCUAAAGGUAACAGAUGUGGCACAAGUAAGGACUUUGAAUGCUAUUGCAAAGAAUAUUCUGGUUUAGCCAGACCUCUCUGAGAGACAUGGAUAUCACAAGAUAAAGGUAGAAGAGUAGUUUUUAAUUCUCUGACACAGCUUUGACCUUCUUCUCUGGCCAGGACAGUCACAGUCUUUAAAUCUCACAUGGCUAUAGAGACUGUUUCCAAGAAGACAAAGAAUUCAAACAGAGCUACAAUCAAUUCCUUUGCUUAAUCUUGCCAGCCAUCUCCAUUAUCAUGGUUAAAUGUGGUCUAUGCUUCUUCCACAGACAAAGGUUUAAUUAGUCUAUUUUGUGGAAUUAAUUGAUGAACUGGGAAAAUUGAACUGUAAGAUAGGAAUUCAGAGUGUGACUUCAGGGUCAAUUUAAUGCAGUAUUUUGCUUUUUCGUUUGUAAAAUAAAAAUUUCCAUUCUGUAA